CUAGGCUAGAAUGUAUGCGCCGUGCAAGAGGCUACCCCUCCACUUCAUCGACGAACCGAAUUGGAGGAAGAUGUGGCUACUACCCUGGCUCCUCACUUGGCUCGUUUGGAGGGCGAUGGGGACCAUCACUACUCAGCGAUUCCUCGCCCCUCAGAUCAUGAACAUGAAGAUCACUUCGCCUUCUGUAGAACGUGUGGUUCGUUCCGAGAUUGAAUGCGCCAUUUCUUGCAUGCAAAAUUCGACGUGCUUGAGCUUCUCUGUGACACAAGAUUCAGGAAGUACCAUAUGCCUCUUCGGAUUCAGAUUCGAUGAGCCGAGGACUGCCGAAGCAUCCAGCAAGUUCUUCUACAGGGAUAUGCCAAUACCAGCCGGGUACGACCUGGUGCCGGGUACGAGGAGUUACGUGAAGCUGACCAAGAAAACCAUCUCUGAAAUUGAUUCCCAAACAGCGUGCAAGCAGGAUCACGCUGAACUCGUCUCUUCCAGCGAUGCAGCAGUGUAUAACAAUACGAAUCAGCUAUGGACGACUCAGGCAUUUAAUCUCAAUAUAUGGGUCGGUGGACGGAGUUUAUCGAACACCCUCAUUUGGGCAUUCCCCGACGGCACCAACAAGACGUUCCCAGGGGUAGGUAAAGGUGGCUUUUGUGCAGCACAACCCGAUGAAGCUCAUGGUUCUUGCCUGUUGUAUUGGAUGGCAUAUAAUAUUCCAUGCUUGGGUGAUACCUUCAACUGCGGUCUCAACCUCGAUGGAUACAUCUGCGAAAUGAAACUGCCGAUUUGA